AUCAGGUCACACCAGAGGAACCAGAGGAAGAAGAUUAUACUGACAGUGAUGAUAAUUGUUAUACUGAUAAUGCAACGCCUGAUAAAGAAGUAACUAGUAUCAAGGUUCUACAAAAUAUUCAAAAUCUUGCCCACGUUAUUGGAAGAGGAAGAUCGUCUAAACGUCAUUAUAUGAGUAGUAUAGAAAAGGAACAAAGUCAUAGAGGAACUUCUAGAG